AUGAAGGGAGAUUACCUAAAGAGCACUGAGUUAUAAAAGUAUCUGCAUUAAGAGUAAAAGCAUAGAAAGGAACCAUUUAAUUUGGAGAAAGAGCAUAAAAACAGAUAGAUAUUACUGGCAAAGAAUAAAUAUGAGAUACUUGAUAAUUCGACAUAUCAAGACAACUACUUCUAUAGAACGAUUGAUGCUACUUAGCAUAAGUUUAAGUCUGCUAGCAUUACAAACACACCUCGAAACAUUUAAAAAUAUGCUUUAACUACUAGUCCAAAGACAGUUUCUUCAUCUUAGAUACUUUAAAGUCUUAAUCUAAAUCCAGAGGAGAUAACAAAAGUCAAAACCCACAUGCACAGAGAUAGCUCUCAUUAGGAAAGAUUCGGGUAACUGAAAGAGGAAGCUUUUGCAGAUAGGCUGUUGUUAAAGAAUCCUUAGUAUCCUAAAUACUAACUUCCAUUUAGAGGUACUUCCCAAUAUUAGCAAAAGUAUAAUGAGGAGCAAUUAAGAGCCUCUUCAAGGUCAAGAUAGAUUGGAGAACUAAAAAGACUUGAAGAUCUGAUUCUUGGCAAGGCUUAGAAUCCUACUUUUCACUCAGAUCAUUUUCAUACUAUAAACUAAAAGGGAUGGAUGACUGAGAGAAUUAAUAAAAACUUGCCAACUAUUUAACCUAAAGUUGAGAAGUUUGAUGAGAGGAAGAAAUAUGUCCAAAUAUAAAUAGAAUAAAGUCAACCAUUCAUUUAGUAACUACCAGGAAGAAUGCCUUCAAAGCUUAUCAACUCAACUUAGAGAUUAGACUUUAACUAGAAAAAUAAUUAUGACUGCAAGAAGAAAUCUGAUUUGCAUUUAAUGCUGGGAACAAUUUGA